AUGCCAAUUACAAGUAGUAGUGUCGGAGAACCUGAAGUGUCUGCUCCUUCUGCUGGACAGCUUACGGAUCAACCAUUGGCUCCACCCCUGGAUCCACCCCUGGCUCCAUCUCUGAAUCAUCCUUCAUCUCAAUUUGAAGUUUCCAAUCGCUUCAAAGAGCGCUUUACCUCAGAAGAGUUAACAGAAAGCGGUAUGACUAUGAAGCAGGCUCGUGCUUGUGGUGAUGCGGCCAAUGAAAUUGGAAUGGUGAUGGAAAAAGCCGUGGUUAAACUUGAAGAGCUAGGCGUGUCACUGGCUAAGGCUAGCUGUAUCAAACAAGAGCUAAUUCAAUACCCUGUGGAUGCCAGUGAUUUACCAAAGCUCAAUAAAAAGGUUCAAUACCACUACAACAGAAUCUUGAACGUGGACUACUGGGCUAGCCAGUUAACGAACAACCCAAUGAACAUCUUGGAUGAUCGUCGAUUUGUCGCUGACUUUCAGGUUGAUGUGGAUAGGUGGAGGCCUCUACUUAACACUUUUGAGCUCCAGAUGCCAGCUUUCUUUGCAUUAGUAUUAUCUCUCUGCUUGUUUUACGGUAUUGUUGGCUUAAAAUCGCCAGACUCUAUGAACUGGAUCGAACGUACCAUCUGGCUUGUCUCUGUCUUGAUUGGUACAUUUAAUGUGAUCGUCGUCAUUUCAAAUAAGGGCAUCAGAAUAUGGCUUACAGAGGUCAUUGGUAAAUGGGAGUCAUUGUUGUUAAACUUUCUUGCCAAUGGCUAUCAAAGUUCUCCUAUCGUCGAUAGGAUGGAGCGGUUGAAUGACUUAAUGUAUAAUCAAAGCAAGCGCAUGGAUGAUGAAGACCCUCCUCGACGCGUGCAAGUCUUCAUCUGCCAACUGUUUUGUUUCAUUGGCUAUUUGGUCAAGUUUUCCGUCUACAGUGUUUGGUUAGGGCUUAGCAGUUUGUUGUGUGCUUUGAGGUAUAUCGCUGAACUAUCACCUGAAGACCCCCUUGGCGACAUCGAGAAGCAAGGGGGAAUAGCAGGUGCAGCGAACACGCCUCAGUCACAUCCAAACGUAACCAAAGAGGGGGUUGUUGUUUCUACUCAGCAAUAG